AGCAUAUCCCCUUUGUUGCUGGAGGUGGUUGUGCACUGCAGUCAGACUGGGUCACAUCUCAGCCAGCUCCCUGCCCUGGACCAGUGUUGGGGGUGGUGGCCACCCUGCCAGUAACCCACGCGGGUCCUUCCUCCUGGCUCCCUAGCCCUUGCCGAUUGGUGCCCUCCCAGCUGUCCCUGGCCACCUGUUGCUGUCCAUCACAGGCCACCCUCUCAUUCUCUGUCCUGUUUGCCAGGCCCAGCUCGAAGCCUUUGCGUCCUACUCUGGACCCUUUCUGCUCCAGUCUCCAUGACAACCAGAGGCUUGGAGGAUCUAGAUGGGGGUCUGGGCAGCUGCCUUCCCAGAGAUGAUGACUUCCCCUUUCUAGAGGAGACAUGCCCCAGUCGGAGGCCAGAGCACAAGGCACGAGGGUCACACAGGCUGGCAGAUUCCAGCAGCUGGCCACAUGUCCCUCAGGACCCGGUGACAACUGGCGCUGUGGAUGGCCAGCCCAAGAAGACAGAAAAAGAGCUUGUGGGAACCAGCAAGAAGCCAAAAGCUGGAGAGAGUGGGUUUGCAGCAGGCAUGGGUCCCCGGAGCGCCCCAGUGCGGAAGAAGUCGCAGCCCUGGUCUCCCCUGCACCCUCCACCACCGCCAGGGGCUCCCCUGGAGGACCUGCCCUGGGGGGACUUGACCCUCAACAAAUGCCUGGUGCUAGCCUCGCUGGUGGCUCUGCUGGGCUCAGCCUUCCAGCUGUGUUGGGACAUGGUGACAGGGGAGGCUGUGGUGCCUGCCCCUGCCCCUCAGCCUUGGGUCCCUCCCAGUUCACCACCCAAGAAGCCAGUGUCAUCUCCACCUAAGCCUCCAUCAGAGCCUCCUACACCCAAGCCUGGACCACCUGGGCCUCGGGCAGAGACAGAGAAUAGGACUGAGAUUCCCAGGAGCCCAGAGAGUGCAGAAGUCCAGAGGGACCCUGGGAAGACCAUGGAGGAGGAUUCUGGGGAGGAGCCAGCACCUCUUCAGGAUGGAGGGUCCCAGGAGAGACCAAGGAAGGAGAAACUCAGGAAAGAGGGGAGGCUGAAGAAAGAAGAGAGACCCAGGAAAGAAAGGCCCAGGCAGGAGAGGCCAAGGCAGGCAAGGCCUCAAAAGGAGAGGCAGCGGAAGGAGAAGCCUCGGGCCACAAGGGAGCCCCAGGAAGCUCUGCCCCGGUGCUGGGAGGCACGGGAGUCAAGGAACCCUGAGCACUGGAAACGAAGGGCCUGGGCUUUCUUGCCAUGCCAUGCCAGGGUCAACAGGCCUCUGGGUGGACAGAAACACCAUGGGGGGAAGGGACACGACUGAAACGAGAAUCCCAGGAUGCCCCUCCCCAUUCUCUGAAGUGCCAUCAAAUA